UAUUUUUCUUCUUGUUCAUGCUGAUUACUGAUCCCCAUUCAGCACCACCCACCGAUCCCCAAUACUGAAACAAGAAAGAAGAAGAAGAAUGAAGUUCAAAAUAGAAGACGUUACAGUGUACUUCCCUUACGACAACAUCUACCCAGAACAAUACGCAUACAUGGUGGAACUGAAACGAGCCCUUGACGCCAAGGGUCACUGUCUUCUAGAAAUGCCAACAGGAACAGGCAAAACCAUCGCUCUUCUCUCACUCAUCACAAGCUACGUCCUCUCCAAACCCCAUUCCCCUCUCAAGCUUCUCUACUGCACCCGCACCGUCCACGAAAUGGAGAAAACCCUCGCCGAGCUUCGUCUCCUCCACAAUUACCAGCUCCAACACCUCGGUCCCGCCGCCAAAAUCCUCGCCCUCGGCCUCUCCUCCCGGAAAAACCUCUGUGUUAAUGGCCGCGUCCUUGCCGGCGAGAAUCGCGAUUCCGUUGACGCCGGCUGCCGUAAAUUGACUGCCAGUUGGGUUAGGGCUCUCGCCGCCGAGAACCCCUCCGUCCCCACCUGCGAAUUCUUCGAGCAAUACGAGCGCGCUGGGUCCUCCGCGGUUUUGCCGCCUGGGGUUUAUACGCUGCAGGAUCUGAGAGCGUAUGGGAAGGAGAAGGGGUGGUGUCCUUACUAUUUGGCACGGCAUAUGGUGCAGUUUGCCAAUGUGGUGGUGUAUAGCUAUCAGUAUUUGCUUGAUCCUAAGGUGGCUGGCAUAAUAUCUAAGGAAAUGCAGAAAGAAUCCGUGGUUGUAUUUGACGAGGCUCAUAAUAUCGAUAAUGUCUGUAUUGAAGCACUUAGUGUGAGUGUGAGGAGGCAGACUAUUGAAGGUGCUAGAAGAAAUCUCAAUAGGAUGCGACAGGAAAUUGACAAGUUCAAGGCCACUGAUGCAGGUAGACUCCGUGCUGAAUACAACAGGCUUGUUGAGGGUUUGGCACUAAGAGGAGACCUGCCUGCUACCGAUGCCUGGCUUGCAAAUCCAGCCUUGCCUGAUGAUAUUCUAAAGGAGGCUGUACCUGGAAAUAUUCGCCGGGCUGAGCAUUUUAUUCAUGUAUUACGUAGAUUAGUUCAAUACUUUGAAGGGCGCUUGGAAACCGAAAAUGUGGAGAAGGAAGGCCCUGUUGGCUUUGUUAACUCUAUUCUUAGAGAUGCUGGAAUUGACCAAAAAACUCUGAAGUUCUGUUACGAUCGCCUUCAUUCAUUGAUGAUGACAUUGGAAAUUACAGACACCGAUGAGUUCCUUCAUGUUCAAACUAUAUGUGAUUUUGCUACCCUUGUGGGCACGUAUGCUCGUGGUUUUUCCAUUAUAAUUGAACCUUUUGAUGAGAGAAUGCCACAUAUUCCUGAUCCUGUAUUGCAGCUUUGUUGCCAUGAUGCUUCUCUUGCCAUAAAGCCAGUUUUUGAGCGAUUUCAGUCAGUUGUGAUUACAUCUGGCACCCUAAGCCCUAUAGAUCUGUACCCUCGCCUUUUGAAUUUCAACCCUGUAGUUAGUCGAAGUUUUACAAUGUCCUUAACAAGAGAAUGCAUAUGCCCUAUGGUUCUUACCCGUGGCAGUGAUCAGCUUCCAGUCAGUACCAAAUUUGAUAUGAGAAGUGAUCUGGGUGUAGUAAGGAAUUAUGGAAGGCUCUUAUUGGAGAUGGCUUCAGUUGUUCCGGAUGGGAUUGUGUGUUUCUUUGUCAGUUACUCAUAUAUGGAUGGGAUAGUCAAUAGCUGGAAUGAAACUGGAAUUCUGAAGGAAAUAAUGCAACAUAAGCUUGUCUUUAUUGAGACUCAGGAUGUGGUAGAAACUACGCUGGCUCUUGACAACUACCGAAAGGCUUGUGAUUGUGGAAGAGGUGCUAUCUUUUUUUCUGUUGCUAGGGGAAAGGUUGCUGAAGGUAUAGAUUUUGAUCGACAUUAUGGCAGACUAGUAAUCAUGUUUGGUGUUCCUUUUCAAUACACAUUAAGCAAGAUUUUGCUUGCACGCCUGGAAUAUCUACGGGAUACUUUUCAAAUUAAGGAAGGAGAUUUUUUGACAUUUGAUGCCUUGAGGCAAGCUGCUCAGUGUGUGGGCCGUGUAAUCCGUUCAAAGGCUGAUUAUGGGAUGAUGAUUUUUGCAGACAAAAGGUAUAGUCGACAUGACAAACGCUCCAAAUUGCCUGGUUGGAUACUCUCUCAUUUACGCGAUGCCCACCUGAAUUUGAGCACAGACAUGGCUUUACAUAUAGCACGUGAGUUCCUCAGGAAAAUGGCUCAACCAUAUGAUAAGACUGGUGGCACUGGCAGGAAAACACUGUUGUCCCAAGAAGACUUGGAGAAGAUGGUUGAGGGCACCAUGAAUGAUUUAUUUUGAGUUCUCAUGCUCACAGAUAUAAAGAAAGUGUCACUUUAAUGUGAAUGGUGCCAUGGAGCAAUGACGAGGGAAAUAGCUCCCCUUGUAUAGCAUGGAAGCUUCAAGUUGAGGAAUUCGACUUCAAAAUCUUAAAAUAUUCUGGAUUACUUGACUAAAUUAUGUUUUUGUUAAGGCUUGUAGUGGGUUUAUGGAAUUUAGGUGAGGAUUUAUUUGCAAGUUUACCCUCGAUUUCAUUGUUUUACUCAUUUUUGGUUUUAGUUUUGUUUAUAAAUUCAUUUGAUAAUGAUUC